GAACGCUUGCAUAGCGGAUACAAGCAUUGGUUGAUCCAGAUCAAAAAAGUUUUCGAAAAUGGAUUUACUUGGAUCAAUUCUCGGUUCUAUGGAAAAACCUCCAUCUAUAAGCGAUGCUGAAAAGAAAAAGAUUAAAGCUCAGAAAGAAAUGUUAGAAAAACAGCAAGAUAGAGAAAGAAGAAAACUGCAGGAGUUUAGAGAACAGAUCCAGAAAAAAAUCAAUAACUUCAUAAAAGAUGGAACGCAGGAGAAAUUGAAGUUUGAGCCAAUGGACAAAACUCAAAGAGCUAUUGUUCAUGAAGUGGCUGAUAUAGCGAGUUUAACUUCCUUUUCAUUUGGCCUUGAGGAGCAGGAUAGAUAUGCAAUGAUAUGGAAAAAGGAGUUUGCACCAUCAGAUGAGGAGUUACUGGCAUACAGGAGAGACGAGGAGUGGGAUCCUGAGAAAGCCAAACAAAUUGCUCAAUUAAAGUAUGUCUUACAAGGAACUCAAAUUCACCCAUUUUGGAAGAAACUUUUAGAUCAGUUUUCAUUUCAGUCAUUUGGCAAGAUAUAA